UAUCAAAUAUCAAGCAUACGAAUUUUGAAGUAGUCACCACUUCUCGAAAUCUUACUCCUGAGGAAGCUGAAAUUCUUAAACUCAAUUCAGAAUGUUCAGUUGUAGAUACUAUAGUACUUAAGCAUUUUUAUAUGUGA